AUGGAAACUGACAAAAUUUCAAUUUUGGAAAAAUGUGUUGCUGCCUUAGAACUGAAAGUAUACGGUAUAAACAAAGAAGCACAAGCUUCUCUGCCAAGUAGUAGCCUUCUUGAAGAAGUCAAACAAGUUGACAAUAACAUUGGUAAUGCAUGUAUUGGUCAUCCAUAUGCUACUACUUUACUCAGUCAUGUAAAACUUUUGGACAAGUUGAUGGAUCCUUUCUAUGAAGACUAUCAACCAGAAUUAUCUAAACGAGAAGUUAUACUUUCCGCUGAAGCUGAAAUAAUUGGAUAUGCUCAACAACUCAAACAGCUUAAUGAAAAAUGGCCGGCUCUAAAUGAUAAGUAUUACAGUGAAAUAGAUAAACAUGCUGAAGAAAUUGAAAUAUUAGUCGAGAACGAACGCAAACAACGUGAAUUAAUUAAAGAGCAAACUGAACACAUACACACAUUAUUAUUCAGGUACGAACAGCUUAUGUUAAAAUUUUCAGUGGCGUUUGAUACAUUAGAAAAAGAAAUUACUGUAUUAGAGUACAAAACUUCAAAGAAACCUGAAGAAGAUUGUGAUAAUGAUAAAUAA